CUGUUUAAACUACGCCAGUUAUCAAUGUCCUUAGUACUUUCGAGAAUGUCAUGAACGCCUUAUCUCCUUAUUUCUACAUCUACAAUAAAUUUGAAAUCUUUAAAACAAUCUAUUAAAAAAAAAUCAUUUGUGUAAAUAUUAUCAUACAGAAAAAAACGAAUAAGGUUUCAAUCCUUAAUAGGAAUGGUUAUAGUUACAUCGAUACCGUUCUUAAGAAAGAUAAACAAUUCAAGUUCCGCUUUCUCUUUUUCUCUCAACGGAUCACAUCCGGCUGGUUUGCUUGCUUCACGAAAAGCAAAAUAUGAGAAUUGCUAUCUCUCUCCCUCUCACUCUGGCAUGAAACUAACUAACUAAAUAGAAAGUUGUUUACUUAGUUUGUCCAAUUUAACUUAAAAACGUAAUUUUCUAUUGUAGCUUUAAUAAGCUUUAUGAAUCACGAAACCCAGCUGACUUUGACCAAAAACAUUUUCUUAAACUUAUCAGCUGCUUAAACAAAACAAAAUAUAACAAAGACUACUUGGAAAUUGUAAGCUACAAAAUUAAGAUAGUCUAUAUCUAUAAAACAUUCGAUAAAUAGUUGAUUAUGACAGAGAAAUAAUAAUAAUGGUUGUGAUCAUUAUUAAUUUAAUGUAAAAAAAAAAGUUAAUAACUUUUUUGACGAAACUACCACUGCAGGGGGAGUGUCUCCGUUACUUGUUUUCAGCAACGUGGUUUAUUCGCAGAAGCUCCUCUGAAUUCUUUAUAAAAUAUGCUGUUUCUUCACUCGUGAACUUGUUUUCGUGAGUACCAUCAUUUGUAUGUAUAUGUAAGAACAUAAUUAAAGAAAAACAAACAAGCAAAAAGUAAGGCAGCUCAUAAAUAAACAUACUUUUCGAAUGCUAGAUAUUUUUUGUUUGACUCGCAUUUCGAAAUGGACAACGAUGAACGAGCUGAAGAACUAGUUGCUAUAAGCAGCAUCUAUGAAGAGGAUAUAUUUCUACCUUCACUUGAUGACUACGGUGGUCAGUUUGUUGCCAAAUUGAAGCUACCUCAACCGUUCAGUGUCAAAAUACAAAGCAGCGAUAGUGAUUCGGCAUCGGCUAAUAUCACCGAAAAACUCAAUCAUAUCAAACACUUGCCGCCUCUUGUUCUCAACUUUCAACUUCCUACAGGUUAUCCUUCUCACCAUGCACCUAUCUUCACACUUUCCUGCAAGUGGCUUUCUAAGAGCCAACUCGAUGUAUUAUGUAAGCGGCUUGACCAAGUCUAUCAGGAAAAUAAUGGCAUGGUAGUGUUAUUUCUUUGGUUUGACGUUCUUGAAAAUGAAACGUUCGAUUUGCUCGGGUUAAAAGUUCCCUUAGAUCUAUCAAGCGUGGUAAGUAAUUCGGUUGGUACUAAACAUAGCGAAGAUACAGACAGUCAGUUCGAUCCUCGCGGAAUACAAGACAUAGCUUCUCAGGAUUUAUUGUUACCAACUAUUCUUGAUUACAACAACCAGGAAAAUCAGAGACAAUUUUCAAAAACUUUGUUUACUUGCAACAUUUGCUUCUGUGAUAAACUAGGUUCAAAGUGUAUUAAGCUUGAUGGCUGCGAACAUGUUUUCUGCAAAGACUGUAUGAAAGAAUAUUUUACUAUCAAUAUAAAAGACGGAAAUAUUAAUGGAUUACAAUGCCCAACGGACAAAUGUGAAUCUAAAAUUCAUCCAUCUCAAGUUAAGUCACUUGUGGACCCCGAUGUCUUCUCCAGAUAUGACUACCUACUCUUACAGUUAGGUCUUCAGACAAUGACAGACUUAGUAUACUGCCCUCGUCCAGCUUGUGGCCAGCCUGUCAUUUUAGACCGUGGUUGUAAUAUAGGCAAUUGCCCCAGUUGCAACCUGGUAUUUUGUAGUCUCUGUAGGUUAACAUACCAUGGUUUAUCUAACUGUAAAAUGAAAUCUGAGGAUCGACAGAAGUUGAAAGAUGAAUAUUUGAAUGCUGAUGCUGAAAACAAGCAUAUUUUGGAAAAACGUUUUGGCAAAAAACAUUUACAGGAUAUUGUUGAUGAGUCUUUCUCACAAGAAUGGCUUGAGCAACACAGCAAGCAAUGCCCUCAUUGUAACACUCACAUCCAGAAAAUAGAUGGUUGCAACAAGAUGGUUUGCUCCAAAUGCAAUGCAUUCUUUUGUUGGUUGUGCAUGGAAACAUUACCGAGGAAUUCGCCUUACAUACAUUUCAGUUCGAGUGCCAGUCCAUGCUUUAACCGGCUUUUUGAAGGAGUUGAUAUCGAUGAUGAUUUCCACGAUGUCGAUUUUUUUCUGUGAUAAGUUACUAAAGAAAAAGAAGAAAUCAGAAAAAGAGGUUUUAUUAUAUAAAAGUUUUGUUGAUUUUGAAGUGAUUAUUAUUGUUUUUAGUUAGUGGGUGGGAAUAUACAAAAGAGAUUAACUUUCAAGGAGUCAGUCUUGUGUACUGGUUUCGAUUCUAUGUCGAAAUAAUAUCACUUGUUGUAUGUUACCAAUACCAUUAUUAGUAUUGUAUUUCAUUUUUGAAAUGAAGAAGAAAUAUGUGUGUGAGGGAUAACCAUCAUUUGAUUUGGUUUCUUAAGGUUUGUAAAAGCUUGGUUCACCUCACUUGAAACCUCAUUAAAAGGAGAAUGAAGACAAGGAUAAGACAAAAUUAUUACAAGGUCUUUAGUAUAUCAAAAGAAAACAUUGGUCCAUUUUAUUUAUGACAUAGGUUAUAUUUCUUUUUAAGAUGGAUUUACACUAACAUGUGAAAGGUAAAAGUAAAGCCUUCACAACUGUAAAUGAUAUUAAAUAUUAAAAACACGAAUUUGAAAAAGAAAAAAAAGCAACAGAUCCACUGAUAUAAAAGUAGGGUUUAUAAUGUCUAAUAUCAUUUACAUUAAUGUCUUAGCAGUUAAUAUAUCCUUAACAUAUGUGCUUGUGGUUGAAGUUGUUUCACUUCAAAUCCUUAAUGCCUUGAGAAAUGUCCUGCAUGUCACACAAUCAGAAUUGUAGGA